AGUCUAAUUAUUUUCUUCCACUUUCUCGAUCUUUGAGAUUUCUUUCAAAGGAAGAAAAAAAAAAAAAAACUCACGAUGUCCGCCGAAUCAGCUAGCCAAAUUCCUAAGGGACAGGUUGAUCUACUAGAUUUUAUUGACUGGUCUGGUGUUGAAUGCCUUAACCAAAGCUCAAAUCACUCUUUGCCCAAUGCUCUCAAGCAGGGUUAUAGAGAAGAUGAAGGUUUAAACUUAGAGAGUGAUGCUGAUGAACAACUUCUGAUCUACAUUCCUUUUAACCAAGUUAUCAAACUACAUUCUUUUGCUAUCAAAGGGCCUGAAGAGGAAGGUCCUAAAACUGUAAAGUUUUUUUCAAACAAAGAGCACAUGUGCUUCAGCAAUGUCAAUGAUUUUCCUCCAAGCGACACCGCUGAACUAACUGAAGAAAACCUCAAGGGAAAACCGGUGGUCCUUAAAUACGUCAAGUUUCAGAAUGUUCGUAGCUUGACGAUCUUCAUCGAAGACAACCAAUCAGGUUCUGAGGUCACCAAGGUUCAGAAGAUUGCUCUCUAUGGCUCAACGGUGGAGACGACUGAUAUGAAGGGAUUGAAAAAGAUUGAAGAUCACUGAGCAAACAGAAGUGUUUUAAUCAUAUGAUCAUCUAUCACUUUGAUUUCUAGUGUUCUAUCGCGCUUUAUCGUUCGUUUUUCACUUACUUUUUAAAGUUAUUGGAUAAAAAUAGACCUGAACUUGUGCUUGCCGCUUCGCGUUCCUGCGAAACGAAUGGUAAGUUCAAUAACAAUUUGAAAA